AUGAAUAAAAUAAUUAUUUUACUGUUUUUUGUGAAAUGUUUUGUGUCAGGUAAAGAUCCAGAAGUUGAAAUGACACCUAUAGAAAUGAUUGAGUAUUGGGGAUAUGAGGGUCAAGAUAUAGAAGUAGUUACAGAAGAUGGAUAUAUAUUACAUAUGCAUAGAAUUCCACAAGGAAAAAAUUUUUCUAAAAAUCAAAAAAGACCUGUAGUAUUUAUGCAACAUGGACUUCUUAGUGCAUCAACUGAUUGGAUAACAAAUUUACCAAAUGAGUCUGCUGGUUUCAUGUUUGCAGAUGCUGGUUUUGAUGUUUAUCUAGGAAAUGUUAGAGGAAAUACCUACUCUACUGGACAUGUUUCUUUAGAUACUAAAUCAAAAGAAUAUUGGAAAUUUUCAUGGGAUGAGAUGGUUAAAUAUGAUUUAGAUGCUAUGAUAAAUAAGGCAUUAGAAAUUUCAGGACAAGAUCAUCUUUAUUAUAUUGGACAUUCACAAGGAACAUUAAUAAUGUUUUCAAAAUUAUCUAUUGAUUCAACAUUUAAAAAUAAAGUAAGACAAUUUCAUGCAUUAGCACCUGUAGGAACUGUUACUUAUAUAAAAGGUGCUUUAGAAUUUUUAGCAAAAUUAUUAUAUCCAGAAAUAGGUUUAGUGGAAGAGAUACUUGGUGAUAAAAAUUUUAUGCCAAAUAAUUGGCUUAUCAAACUUGCUAAUAAAGCAGUAUGUGAAAAAGCUGUUAUUGAUGAGUUAUGUGAUAAUAUGUUAUUUUUGAUAGGUGGUCCAAAUUCUAAUCAAAUGAAUGUUUCUCGUGUACAAGUUUAUAUUGGUCAUUCUCCAUCUGAUACCUCAAUUCAAAAUAUGGUUCAUUGGAUGCAAAUGGUACAUACAGGAAGGCAAGAAAUGUAUGAUUAUAGAAAUGAAGAAGAAAACCAAAAACAUUAUGGGCAAAUUGAACCUCCUGUUUAUGAUAUUACAAAAAUUAAUGGUGAUACAUAUUUAUACUGGGGUGACAUUGAUUGGUUAGGAGAUCCUGAAGAUAUAAAAAUGCAUCUUUUACCUAAUCUUGAUCCCAAAAUUUUAAAAGGAAAUUAUCAGUAUAAAGAUUUUAAUCAUUUAGAUUUUAUUUGGGGUCUUCGUGCAGCUCCAGAAAUUUAUAAAACUAUUUUACAAAAUAUAAUGGAUGACAUUAAACAUAAAUGA